UAAACCAACACAUAGAAACGCCGAGUUACCAGUGUUCGACAAUGCCACAAUGGUCAUUGCUACCUGAAGGGCUGGCGUUACAACUAUAAAUACCUUAAUAUUUCUACUCCCUAAACGUGAAUACGGAACAGUGACUAGUGUAAUCAAGACUAUUUUAGUGCACGUGCCAUUGAAACAUAUGAAUAAUUUUCAGAAAAUGUAUGUGACGCGGAGAAGGAGCUGAAGCGCACUGUGUUGGCAGUGGACCGAAGUUAGCUAGGUGAAAACGAAACACACAAUCAUUUCUUGUGUUAUUCUUUCACCGAAUAAUAAGAGAAAACUAUUGUCAUCAUGUGCAUCGGCCUCAUUAUCGUGCAAUAAUGCUAUGUGAAGAAAGCACUCUGUAUGACAAGAGAGAGCCAUAGUAUUAACUCUCUCGGUAUGAUAAAAUAAGGGAGAAAAAUAGGAAAAAGUAAGGAAAGGAGAUGAGCCAUAACAUUGCAGGCAUGCCACCCUUUACUAGGAUGCCGCUAGGUGGUAUGGGCAUGGGAGUGGGCAUGGGACCAAAUGCACCACAUCCAGAGCCAAGCGCCCAUCCUCAUCCUCCGCUACCACCACCAGCUGGUGCUAAUCCUAAAAAGAAAAGAAGGACUAAUGCCAAUGUAGCACCACCUGCACCACAGCCACCACCGACGGUCCAGGAUUUACUACCCCCACCGCUGUCAGGUUACGGUGACACAAUAGUGGCGAGUAAUCCGUUCGACGAUACGCCACCCCAAAGUGCUCAAAAUCCAAUGAUGCACGGUGGUCCACCACACAUGCACCCCCACCAUCCCCACCAUAUGGGUGGUCCACCUAUGAGAGGAAUGAGUCCGUUGACACCAAUGGGCGGAAUGUCCCCAAUGAUGCCCCACAGCAUGGGGAACAUGAGCCCAAUGGGCAAUUCACCUAUGGGUAAUCACAUAAAUCACAUGGGUGGCAUGUCGCCGAUGAACCACGCGCCCAUGGGUGGCAUGAGCCCAAUGAACAAUAUGGGACCAAGCAUGCCACCAGGGCCCAUGAACAGUAUGAACAAUCACAUGAACAUGGGCCAUAUGAGCAAUACACCGAUGAGUGGUCCACCAAUGGGCAGUCCCAUGAACAGUAUGAACAGUGGACCGAUGGGCAGUCCCAUGAACAACAUGGGCCACAGUAUGGGAAGUCCCAUGGGAGGGCCCCUGGGUUCACCCAUGAAUAGCAUCGGUGGGAACAAUCACAAUCACAUGCCUAAUGGACCAAUAAAUAUUAACAAUAUCAACAGCCAUAUGCCGCCUAACAGUCCACUAAAUGGACCGCCCAUGAACAAUGUGAACAGCCCGUUGAAUCAUAAUGGUUCGCAACCACACCCCAAUCAUAUGGGAAAUAAUCUCAGUAAUUUAGGAAGGCCCAUGAAUGGCCCCAUGACGACGAUGAGCUCGAUGGCACCUAAUAAUAUGAAUAUGUCUGGGCCAAAUGCCAUGAGCAAUAUGAACAUGGGUGGACCGCCUAUGAACAGCAUGUCCAAUAUAAACAUGCCACAUCCUAAUCAGAUGGGGCACAUGGGUGGGCCUAUGGGCGGCAUGGGGAAUAAUAUGAGUGGGGGACCACCGAUGGGACAUCCUAUGGGGAUGGGUGGCAAUAUGCCGCCUCAUGGGUUCCAAGGACCUCCUGGAAUGGGACCCAAACCUAUGCCGGUUUCUGCGGGCAAGAUCUACCCAGCUGACCAACCAAUGGUUUUCAAUUCCCAAAACCCAAACGCACCACCCAUUUAUCCAUGUGGUGUAUGCCACAAAGAAGUACAUGAUAACGAUCAGGGAAUCCUUUGUGAGUCUGGCUGUAAUUUCUGGUUUCACAGAGGAUGCUCGGGGUUAUCGGAAGCAGCCUUCCAACUACUGACGCAAGAGGUCUACGCAGAAUGGGUGUGUGAUAAGUGUUUACAAUCUAAAAACAUACCUCUGGUCAAAUUCAAGCCAUAACACCUCACAGUUGGUCGUUCCACAGACACGCAAGUGACACAUUGUUAAAGUUUAUUACUCUAUAUUACACACUUUUAAAUAAGAAAUAAAUAAAAAAUGAAGGUAGAGGAACAUUCGUGUGCAAACUGCACUGAACUCACGCACUUCACUCUGAAUAUUGGGCAAGAUAAUCGAGGAAAUUGAAAUAAAACAGACAACAUCAACUGCCUCUGAGGCAUUUCAAUACGGAGCCUACGAUGUUUGUUAAUGACUUUUAGCUUUAACUUGUUAAAGACUUAGGAUAUUUUGCUGCAAGUGCGAGCAGGUCAUUUUACAUUUACAAGUGUAAAUAUGGCUGAGAAGCUAACGUACGCUUGCCAGAUUUUCACUCGGACACUGUAAAUUCAAUUUUCCUCCCAAAUUAAAUGAAAUCCAUUCGGCCAAAUCUUGCGUCACCGACAGAUCUCCGUUAGCUCGAAAAUGAAGAAAGAAACAACACUGAAGAUAACUUGACAAAGUUGAUUGUAAAAAGCAAACACGAAGAUUUUCUUCGUGUCUUUUAUUCUAGGAUUUAUUGUCUAAUAGUUGAUCGCCAGAAACUCAUAUUCAAACGGGUGUCUAUCUGUAUAAAAUAACGCAAUUAUAGAACCCAGAGAAUAAUUGGUACAAAAAAGCGUAAACUAGGAUUUUUUUUUUAUCAUUCUUCUUUUGGCCAAAACAAAUGUUUAUGAUCUGUGAUUUUAUUUCCAUUUUAAUUGGACGCUAUUGAGGUUUUAUUUCUUGUGUGUAAAUCCUAUAUUUUUAAAAGUAUACACUGGCCUGUACAUCAAAUUGUAUAUUAAUUUUUCAUUAGUUAAAAGCUUACGCAAUUACGGACAUAGAAUAAUAGCCUAAAGGUCGUUUUUAAUUUGAUUUUUUUCUCUUUUUAUAUCUUUAUUUGACGAGAAAAAUAUUUCUUGCCAGAAUUAAUUCCACUGAGAGUAACUUAUAUCUUUUUAAUAAGAAUAUGGAUUCUUAAAAUGUUUCGUCGAUAUAAAUUCCAUGGGCAGCUAGGCGUGGAAUUAACGUGCUCGCACGUAAUUGUACAGGAUUUUUUUCUUUAUUAUUUCUAAUUAUUAGAACAUAUUCUAUGACAAAAAUUAAUGAAUAAACUAGUUACUCAUCGUUUUAUUGAUUAAGAAUUAUUAUAGUUUAAUCAUGCGUCAUUGAAACAAAUAGAUAUUACAAAAAACAGGAUCCUAUAUAUAACAUAAUGCUCAUAUUAGUAUUACAACGAAUAGACUAUCCAUUGCCAAGUACUUUUUUUUUACAUUAUUUGAUUUUACUUUCAUUUAUCAAUUAUAAAUUCGAUUAUGUCAAUCGCAUAAAGCCAUCCGAUAGAUUUUCAGUUAUGAUGAAAGACAUUGAAGAAUAAUUACAUUUACGUGAAUGCUAUAUUCAGCAGGAUAACAUCACAAAACUCGUGUAUUAAAAAUUUUGUAUUAUUUGUACAAAUAAUGAAAAAAGGAAAAAAAAAUUAUUCUGAAAUUUGAA